AUGUCUGAGCAGACUUCAAUGCUAGCCAGUUUAUUUCCCGAUGUCAAUGAGGAAAUACUGAUCAAAACGUUAGAAAGUGCUCAUGGUGACGUUGAGAUGGCUACUAAUAUGAUCUUGAGCGAACAGGAAUCGCUAAGUCAGAUGAGAAACGUUGCGGAAAUAAGCGAAAUGGACUUUGAAAAGCAGAAUGAAGCAGACAAGCAACAUAACGGUGCGGUGAAUUUGAAAAAACGUCUUUACAGACGAGUACAUGCAUUCGACUACACACAACCCAAAGACAAGGCCAAAACUUUUGCUCAAAAUCCGGUUUGGUCGUCUACACAGGACCAGAUUCGCAACAUUUUGGAAUUAACGGACGUUUCCUUUAAAAUAGCCCAAACAGCUUUCUACAAAAAAUCACGAAGUGUUGGAAGGGCCGUUAUAGACAUAAUAAGUCAUUUUGAUGGAUACUACUCAGCAGAAUUUCAGAGCUCUCGAGUACCGGCUCCUCCACCUGCUUCAAGUCAAACUGCACGAGUCGGCGGCCGUGUACAAUCUGCCCAAGGCCUUGCGCACCAAAAAGCGGCCAAUUCUGUUUUCAAGAACCGGACGAUGACCCAAGAUUCUGACAAGGAAUCUACAACUACAAGUCCUACUCGCAAUGUCUCUGCUCAAGAACUUUCAGAGGCGUCUCGGGAGCUGGAAACUAUCGUCGCGAGCAAUCCCGUGCUCAAAGCAAUCAGCCCUGGGUUCUUCAAGUCGGCUCUUGGCUUUUUUGGAGGAGACGUCGUACGGACCACGGCAGUGGCUGCAUUUAUAAUCGAGAAUGACUGCUCUAAAUUUACCUUCACCGAUACAACCACAAAACCCGUUUCUGCUGCGACAUCUUCGCCUCACACUCUUCAGAAAAUGAUUACCGGAUCCAGUACAAUUGCACAAACUGUUACAGAGAGUGAUGGCGGCCUUUUCACGUCCGAUGCAUUCACCAGUGAUGACAGCUACAAUCAAGCUUUGCAGAUAUUUGAAUCUAUUUUUCAAACUCAUACUGCUGACUUACAUGGCUUUUACCCACAAGAAGCCAGACAAAUCGCCCAGAAAUGUCUCACAGCCUGGUGGAAUCAUGAAACAGGCUUGCGUGAGAUGAAUACCCACCGUCCGAACCUGAUAAAAGCACUCAAUAUCGCACCUCUCAAGAUAAUAACCGGGCGAGGCAUCCACAGUCGAGGAGGGAUCUCGAAAGUAAAGAUCCAAAUCAAGAAACUUUUGGAUGGUGAAGACUACGUUUACACAGAGGAGCCGUCUUAUUUCAUCGUUGACGGACGAAGAACCCAGUCAAGGUCUCGAAAGCGAUGA